GGUACAGGCGACGAAUUCAGCCACGCACUCAGGAAAGAGUCUUCUCGUCAAUUGAAUCUUUGCUUGCAAUCCCGCUGGCAGCGGCAUUGCUCGUGCUGUAACAGCUGUCACAGCAGCAGCUGUCACCCAUCCCAUUGUUUUUUAGGGAAAGCUACCAUCUAGAAGACGCGAGCUCGAGCCGCGCUGGUCACCAGAUUCCCGUGUCGCCAUGGACGCGAUGCGGGAGAACCUGGCGUACUUAAUCGACCAGCGGCUGUACGAGUCGGCUGAGAUCCUCGGAAGCUUCCUGAUCUCAGCAGCCGGGCCGGGCAGCGAGGUGUCGGCAAUCUCGAGGGCGGAGAAUCUGGUGCUCUACGCGGACGCGCUCUUUGGAAGACAGGAGUACCGCCGCGCGCUGAAUCUCUACCGCCAGGCGCAGCAGCUCUGCAAGGUGGCCGGCCAUGCGGGCGGCAGCACUCGGACCGUACCCGGCAGCCCUGCCACUGUAGCCAGCGCCGGCCUGGGGAAUGCCAUCCAGUCAGGCAGCUACAGGGGUGGAGGAGGAGGGGGGUGUGUGGUUGGUGGAGUGGGUGGUGGUAUGAGCAUAGUGGCUCUGGAUACAGACGUGGGAAAGGCAGAGGUUCGUCUGAGGGUGGCGGAGUGCUACGUGGCGUUGAAGGAGGUCAAGCCUGCACUCACAGAGCUGGAAGCCGUGCCUCACCGCCUGCGCUCGCUGCGCCUCAACCUGCUGCUGGCCCGCCUCUACCACUCCAGCAGCUACGACCGUGCUGCCCUGGCCGCUUACAAGGAGUGCCUCAGGCAGUGCCCGUUCGCCAUGGAGGCCCUGGCAGCUGUGGCUCAGCUGGGGCUAUCUGCCAAAGAGACCUGCGCGCUGCUGCCCCAGCAAGAGCCCCUUCCGAGCACCCCCAGCAGCAGAGGGGGCGGCAAGGCGGCAGGGGCAGGGGAGGUGCACGAGUCGUGCAGGUGGCUGCAGAAGUAUGUGGAGGCCCAGGCGCACCGCACAGCCAACGAGAAUGCAGCCAGCUUGGACGAGUAUCAGCAGCUGGUGUCUCGAUUCCCCAACAACGUGCACCUGCACCUGCACAUGGGGCAGGUGGAGGCAUCUCAGGGCCGCAACGAAGAGGCCAUGAUUCACUACCAGAAGGCCCGCACUCUAGACCCUUUCAACAUCAGCUGCAUGGACGACUACGCCCUGCUGCUGCUCUCCCGCCGCUCCCCCUCCUCCUCCUCCGCCCUGCCCGCCCCCAACCUGCAAGUAGAGGCGGGGCAUCUGGGGGGCGCAGGGGGAGGGGCGGGGGGGGUGGAGUUGAAGAGGCUAGCGGCGGAGAUGCUGGGGGUGGGGGCGGGGCGGGCGGAGGCAUGGGUGGUGGCUGCUGUGCUGUGGAUGAGUAAAGGGGAGCGAGGGAGUGCCAUGGCUUAUGUUGAGAAGGCCCUUCAACUAGACGACCACCACUUCCCUGCUCUCCUAGCCAAGGGCGCCAUUCUGCUGCAUGCCGAUCGGUCCGAGACAGCAGCGGUGGCGGCAGCAGCAGCAGCCAUUUUUCGGAGAGCAUACACUCAGAAGCAAGACCUGCGGGUGUUCCAAGGUCUGGUCCGAGCCUACCUGCGCAUUCCAAAGCUGAAGGAGGCCAUAGCAGCAGCUCGAGAGGCAGUCAAGGCGUUCCCUAACUCUGCCAGCGCUUUGUCUCUUCUGGGGGAGGUGUAUCUGCAGCACGGGGACAGCAGGGACAAGGCGCGCAAGGUGUUUGAGGCUGCUCUGCGGAUGGACAGUCGUUGUGGCGCUGCUGUCACGGGAUUGGCUGACGCGCACAGCAUGGAUGGCCGGCACGCUGCGGCUGUUGACGUCUUGGAGCGCCACCUGGCAGUGGACGCUUCUGACUGGAUCCACGUGAAGCUCGGGUUCGUCCACAUGGCGGCCAACCGGCUGCCCGACGCGCUGCACCACCUGCAGACGGCGCUCAGCAUCAAUCCGUCCAAUGAGAACGCCAAGAGAGGGCUCAACCGCAUCGACAAGCUUCUCAAGGGAGGUGAUGGGGAUGAGGAGGAAGAAGAGGCAUCACUCCAAUAUGGCACUGGCGGUCCAUUGUUCGAAUGAUAAAAGAUAAUUUGGGCGACAGACUUACUGUACAUGCCUUGCUUGAUAGCCCUUGCCGAUAACCCUUUAUGGGUGCCUUGGUUAGUGCGUGGUUGACUUCGGAGCCUUGUAUCUUUAUUUUCACAUGUAUUUAGAGCGUAUUCCUGCGAGCCUC